ACUAAACAAGUACUCAUGGCCUCUGGGAAGAAGCGUGGUCUGGAACAUCUGGAUGAAUAUGAACCAAAAGCUGCAAAAACGGGCAAAAGCAACCUCUAUGACCGAAUGGCUGAAAGGAGGCUCGUUGUUAUUCUGGAGGGAGCAUCGCUAGAAACAGUGAAGGUUGGUAAAACGUUUGAGUUGUUAAACUGCGACCAGCACAAAAACAUGAUCAUCAAAAGUGGAAGAGACCCGGGGCACAUAAGACCAGAUAUCACACAUCAGUGUCUGCUCAUGCUGAUGGACAGUCCGCUGAACAGGGCAGGCCUGUUGCAGGUUUACAUCCACACAGAGAAAAACGCGUUAAUAGAGAUUAACCCGCAGACCCGCAUCCCGAGAACGUUUACCCGGUUCUGUGGCUUAAUGGUUCAGCUGCUGCACAAGUUGAGUGUCAGAGCCGCUGAUGGUCCUCAGAAGCUGUUGAAGAUGAUUAAAAAUCCAGUGUCUGACCACCUGCCCCCCGGCUGCCCCCGCAUCGCCACCUCCUUCUCUGCAGGGGAGGCCGUUAAUGCUCGGACGGUGGUACCAGAUGGCCCUGCAGCAGUGGUGAUCGGAGCAUUUGCUCAUGGCGCGGUUAAAGUGGACUACACAGAGCAGACCGUCUCCAUAAGUAAUUACCCCCUCUCUGCAGCUUUGACCUGUGCCAAAAUGUGCUCCGCGUUUGAGGAGGUGUGGGGUAUCCUGUGACAAACAGAUUAUAAUAAACUGCUGAUGCAUCCAGAACAGAAACAACUGUAAUAACAUGGGCCUUACUACAGUGGACUAGAAUUACUGGAACAAAUUCUGAGCGUUGCCACUUAAACAACUAUGGGAAGGCCCAUUCCCACCAUGAAUAUUAUUUUUGUGAGGUUUUCUCAAGGAUAAUGAGAAAAUUAUUUUGUCAUCACAUUAAAGUAAAAGUCAUUGUCUUAUCAUAAUGAGAUCAGUUUUACAUGGUCUCUGGACAACAUAAAUCUUUUAUUCAUUAUAAUGAGAUAAUUGCCUGGGGUGGAAAGGCUUUGUUUUCGAGUUUAAAGUGAUUAUAGGUUUAAAAAUUAUUGGUUUUUCUCAUCUGUUCAGUCCUUCAGUAUCUCCAUGUUUCUGACCAGUUCAGCAUUCAAUAGAGCUUUCUGUAGCUACACAUGGAGAUGAGUCAUGAUGGUACAUUUGAGUGCUAUCUGCUACAUAAUCGAUACUAAAAUGGCUGUAAAAAUUGUGUUUGUGUUUUUUCUCCCUGUAUAUGAUGGUGUUUGGACCUUAUGGUUAUUUUUGUAUCUAAUAUUGUCCAAUAACAAAACAUCUUUUUUAUAUCACAAUAGGCCACACAACGUUUGAAAUAAAAUGUAUUAGGAAA